AUGGCUGCCAACCGAUGUCAGUGGCGUUCUUGUUUCGGUAUGUUGCUCGAAUCUUCUUGCUUAUCUCCGAUACCGCGGGGCUUGGAACGUCUCUGGUGUAAAAAAAAUCGUUCGGCUGUACCGCCCUUCCGGUGCCUGGCCGCCAUCCCACCCGAAGGAAGCUCGAGGGAUGAGAUACUUCCAGGUUACCAAAGUCUGGACAGGAGAAGUCGAGAGGUAGAGGUGGGGUUCGAGCCAUGGACCUUCCGGUCAGUAAAUUCGCGCCCUAACCACUUGAUCCAUCUCGUCCUGAAUGCACGCACGGCCGAUCAGCGAAAAUUGGCGGAAGAGAGAAUUCUUCAGUUUCGUUCACAAGCCCAGCCAUAUGACCUGUGUUGUGCAAUUAUGUAUCAAUCUUCAAACGACUAUCUCUUAUAUGAAGCUGGUCGUUGCUUGUCUCAUGCUGUGGUUCGUGAAUGGGACACGGUUUUUGCAUCAGCAACUGGAGAAUCAGUGAACCCGAAGGCAAAUCAGUUGCUGUCUUUUCUUUUGAAAUGGGCUGAACAGCGUGGUACACAGGUUUCUGCAGCAGCUCGUCAACAAAUUCUUAGGGCGGCUGGGGCCGUCGUGAAACGAGCGGCCUCUGCAUUCGCUGAGCAAGUUGCUACCGCAUGGCGUUCGGAAAAUACAGCCGCUACACCCACUCGGGUCGUCCGUCCCCGCGUACUAACCCAUCCUCCUGACGACCCUGGUCCACCUUGUGCUCUUCUCAUAAUACUGAUUGAACACGUAGAACAGCUCCUACGCCCUGUAUCGUCGGAUCAGUUCGAAUUCGGAGCUGAGGCCAGUCAACGCUGUCUUUUGGGUUUGUGUAUCCUCUGUGCUCUGUUGGAUGAGUUGUCAAACUCAGAAGACAGUACCCAAAUGAACCUCGUGUUAGAAGCGCACAUUUUCCUCCGGGCACGCUUUCAGGAUCAUGAACUCUUGCGUCUGUUCCACUUGUUACUCUGGUUGAUUGACCGGCUACUCCAACACUGGGCUCACACACCGUUGUCUUCUUUGAGUGCAGAACACAAUGAGAUUAUCUUCCGGAUUGUUUGUUGCAUGGACAGUAUUAUGUCCUGGGAUUUCCUCCCCAGGGAACUUGUCGGGUUCUACGCAGCCAGGCCGAGGCGUUCUGACCACGAGUCUUGUUUCAGACCGAGUGCCAAAUGGUCAUCUGUCUUUGGCUCGGAGGCGUUGCCGUCUACCAUCCUACUUUUAAUAAAGCUUCAUACGUUUACUCGAAGUUCUGAUAUACUGGGCACUCGCACGCUGUGCUGUCUAUCACGCCUCUCCGCGAUGACUGGACCACUGACCGACCCGGUAACUAACCUCUCUGAACUUAGCGAGAUCGGAUCCAAUCAAACAACAACUUGGGAAGAUUAUGGCCUUGUUUCAUCGUCUGCGUGCCGUUUUCACAUCCUUACAUGUAUGGACAAUCUCAACUUUUGGCUGAUGGACACCUCCAAUGACAUAUCCAACGCAUCCUCUGUGCUUUCUGCCUUUCCGCCGGAGCAGCAAUCUUUGCUCACUCAGGAGUGUUCCAAGUGCCUUGCUAAUCCCCUCCAUAUUCCACGCUUACCGUUAGAUCAAUUGUCCCCAUAUGAACUGCCUAUUUUAUCCGAACUGACACAAAACAUUGUGCUGCGCAUCUCCAGAGCCUGGGAGCCCGUGAGAGUGGCGCUCUCCUUGCCUUCGUCGUUGGCCGCUGGAUGUCGGUUGAAUAGUGAUCCACAGAGCAUUUUUCAAUACGCAAUCAUGGCAUUGGUUGUUUUGGAUCGAUUCUUUAUCCGGAUGUAUACUUUAAUCGUGCAGUGCCUUCAAUUUAUGGCCCGAUACUCACCAGAUCCUGAUGGUAGUGAAAAAUCAGCGCACGAAGCGGUAGAACGUCUGUUCAAUGGGUGGAUCGAUAUGGUUGAGUCAAUCCCUUCGGUGGGUCGUAGUUUCACCGUAGACGGUAACUUCUCUCAAUCAGAUUGUCUGGGUACAUGCGCAACGUCGCAUCUUCCAGUUCCACUGACCACUGGAAACCUGAAGGAGCAAGAGGGACAAGCACAUCAGAUAAGAACACUUUUACAUGCAAUGGAGUCCAAUAUUGGUCAGCUGCGAAUUCGCCUGUUUCAGUCAUAUUUACUGUCGAAGUUGGGUGCACCGUUUGGACUACGACGUUCAACGCAAGAGUCAGAGGCGGAAAUUGAUUUGGAGCUGGACGAGUGUGAUAUGAUUGCUUCUGAAGAUAGUUUAUUUGCUUGUGGUGCCUGUGGUUUGGCUGCCCCUGAAGACUCGACCAAGUUGCUUCUACAGCUUUUGGAUGACCGAACAGAACAACUUAUACGGUCGCAUACCCAGGUGCUACGUCAACCAGUGGACGAUCUGUACGAGGACUUGCACUGGAUUUUGCUAGUCACUGGGCAUUUUAUCGUCAGUGGGCCUGCGUCGCUAGCUAGCAUCCAACGUUCCGGUACCACUUGGGAUACGGAGUUUUCGGUUCCAUAUCCUCUCUUACGUGUCAACAAAGAUGAUGCAGUCGACAUACAGAUGAGCUGUCGCCUUCUUUGUGCGUCGGCCAGUGAAGUACCGAAUUCGGAACACUGGCCUCCCAGUACCAUAUCAAUGGAUCGCAUUCCCGUACUGAUUCGGCUAUUGGCUUCUCUAUACCGGCUGCUCUGGCUGCAGACAAAUCUAGGUAUCGGGAGCGCCUUGUUAAUCCAGGACAAUCUUUGGCUGAUGACGCGCUUCGUCGUCGCUUACAUAUGUCAGAAUCCGGUUGAUCCGGAAGCCCUUACAGAGAACAAGAACACGUUCCCCAUACUUACAAUACUCCAAACUACAAUGACCACCCCUAAAGCUGCACAUUUUGGUCAAACCACAUCAGAAAUGCACCUGACUGAUGGGAACAGAGAAAAUAACGCAAGCGCUACACCUGACGUUAGCCGUGUCUGUAUCCAAGGUCUGCUUAGUUGCGCAUGGUUCGCUCUGAAUAAAUGGUCCAGUGAACCACAAGUUCUGUCCUCGGCCAUCUGUUUGAUCCGAGCACUGGGUCGCCAUGCUCCGAACACGUCUUCCAAUUUAGUCUGCCCCGCUUGGUACGAAAUAUGUGCGCUAUUCUGCGGUUCCGACAGCGCAAACGCGGUUUGGUCCAACAUGACUCCGGAUAGUCUCAUAGAACUUACUGAGGCAUGUCUUUGUGGUAGUUGGGCGAUCGACAAAGAACGUUUGUCCCCGAGCUUGGCUAACUGGAGCACCAGCUCAAGUUCCGAACCUCUUUUACUUCAGCUGGUCCAUAGCUUGCGAGAACGUUUGAUCAGUGUCCUGGCUCCUUUCUGUCACCCCUCGUCCACGGUAGACAGUCUAACCACGGACGGCCUAAUUCGUUGUCUGGCUACUUUGCGAGGACUUGCUCGGGCGGUCGGUGCUCUGGCUGCUCAGUCUGAGACAGCCACUGAUUUAAUUUCCUUGGUGUGGACUGGUGUCCUGUAUCCGGCACUGGAGAAUUGUUCUAACCUUCUCAUUCCCCGUUGCCACAACUGUUCCGAAAUCGUUCAAAGCGUGAUAUCUUUGUUCUCAGAUGUUGCUGACUCUUGUCUGAUCUAUCUUGCCAAUGUGCCAUCCAGCGUAACAGAAAACCAUUUACCAACUCCACUCGGGGACCAUCCUUCUGGUGGGAACACUGCAAAUGGUUCUCGGAAGACUUCAGCAUCUUCGAAUUAUUUAAAUCUGACAGUCACUCUUUGUCGUCACUAUGCGAAGCAGAAUACAAACAAGUCUAGCUUCGAAGCAACGGCCGAAGACGAACGAAUCGCGGAGUUACGGUUGCUACUAACAAUGCUCAGCCGAAUUUCUGCGCACGAAUUUGAAGUCCGACUUUCUGGUGCGUUGUUGUUACCAUUGGUGGAUGAUGGACCGCUAUCGCAUACCGAUGAGUUGAGCUCGAAAUCUGUUGGCACGGUCUAUGUGUCGUUGGUUGGUAUGGGACAUCUGCUGCCUUUGAUCACUGAGUCUAUACUUAUGGUCCCUGAAGUGUGCCAUGCGUUCUACUCGCUGGCCUCCUUCGCUUGUGAUCUGCAUAUCAUAGGUCUUAACCAUAUGUCUGAUGAACAGUUAGCCUAUUUUGGUCGUCUAAUCCGGCAUGGUAUCCUUGGCGUUGCGGCAGAUGCAUUCCCAUCCUCGACGCCUGGUUGGCCAUUCAGUGGAGUAGACAGUUCAGUCAUUCGCCAAUGCCUGGAGAUUAUUAUUUCCUUAACUGAGUUCUGCCAAGACGCACGUUGUAACCAACAGGCCAAAGCCGAACAGGAGAUCGCUGAUCGUUUUUGUAAAGUACUCGGUUUAAAUACUCAGCUGGUAAUAGACGUGUUCGCUCUACUUACUCAGGACAGCUAUUCGACGGAUAUCGAAACGGUGCUGUCUUCAACAGUCCUCGGUCUGAUUCAUAUGAAUCUGGACGCCUAUGCAGACCUUGUAGAACAAUGGCUAAACUCUUGUCAAGAUGUCGGUUUGCGUGAUCGUUUGCGUAUCGCUUUCGAGCGCCUUGGUUCUCCAAAUCAGCCGGCCAGCACAGAUGAACGAACAAACCGGUACACGGCAGGAUUUAGCAACCAAAAGCCCACUCGAAUAGCACAGAUUGAGUUUCAACAGAAGUUUCACUCAUUCGUUGGCGAAAUACGCGCAUUUCUUUGCCACACUUAGAUCCCAUUUUGGGUGCUUGCUAGCAGCCGGUGUACAAACAUUAACCCUCGAUUUAAAUACCCGA